CUAAGUUGACGUCUAAAGGGAGAGAAAUGCUGUUUCCAAACUUUCCAGCCACUUUCCUAGCCAAACAAAAUCUUAGCCAACUCCGUUUUUCUUCCCCAUCCUCUCUCUAUAUAUCUCAUCCUUUUUUGGCUUUCAACUUCCUCAUUCACCCGACCGAUUUCGGAUUUAGCAGAGAAUACAUCUCCUGAGUUUAUAUAAUCUAUCUGCAACUCCCCAACUUCGAUCACUCCAGACGCACCUUGCAGUCUAUUACUACUUCUUCAAUGGAUUCAACCUUCGUCGACACUACUCUUGACCUCAACAUCAAUCCUUUCUAUUCCACCAACAAGGUUCAGGUACCGAAGAAGAUGGACUUGCUGAGAUCCUUUGCGGAUUCUGAAAAGAAAUCAUCGGUUACAGAAGAGACUGAUGUUCUAGUGGAGGAGUUGAACCGGAUAAGCAACGAGAACAAGAAGCUGACCGAAAUGCUCGUCGCCGUGUGCGAUAACUACACGGAUCUGCAUAACCGAUUCGUCGAGCUGGUGAACAAAAACGCCGGCGAGAAGGAGCAGAUUGCCACAUCGAGGAAGCGAAAAGCAGAUUCGUCGACGACGGAGGAUUAUUGCAGCGGCCACAUAGCCAAUAAUGCCGUCGUCAAUGGCGGAGUUUCGGCUGGACAGACCGAAAGCAGCUUGAGCGACGAGGAUCAGUCGUUUAAACAUCCCAAGGAACACCACAAAUCUCAGUCUUCUCGGGUCUGUGUGCGCACCAGUGCGUCAGACACAAGCUUGGUGGUGAAGGAUGGAUAUCAAUGGCGGAAAUACGGGCAGAAAGUUACCAGAGAUAACCCAUCUCCUAGAGCAUAUUUCAAGUGCUCCUUCGCUCCAGGCUGCCCUGUGAAGAAGAAGGUACAGAGAAGUGCGGAAGACCCGUCAAUCUUAAUAGCCACAUAUGAAGGAGAGCACAACCACCCUAUCCCUUCUCGAGCCGAACUAUCUUUGACCCCAAGCCGUGGUGCAGCCGUAGCUGGUUCAUCCGCCAUGAGACCAACAGCUUCUGGCGCUGUAACGCUUAAUUUGAUUCAGUCUUCGACAUUGGUUCCAGGUGAAGAAGAAAGGCAGGUAGAAGAAAAGAAAGCGGCGGGAAUUCAACAGGUUCUGGUGCAGCAAAUGGCCUCUUCGUUGACAAGAGAUCCCAAUUUCAGAGCAGCACUUGCAGCUGCCAUUUCUGGGAAGUUCUUGGGUCAGACCCCUAUGGCGAAAUGGGAAAAUUAAGCACAGUUGUUAGUUUUGUUACUAUUCAUGGCGAGUUGGAAGGAGUUCAUGUUAUUUAUAGCCAUAGCAUUUGCCAAAACGGAUGUAAAUUUGAUGGAAUGAUAAAAAAAAAAAAAAAAAAAUUUGAAAUUGUACAUAUUUUAUUAUUUAACUGGA